UGAUAACAGAUCAGAGGGGAGGAAGGGAGAGGUGGGAUUGUGAUUUCAGCAGCAGGCAGGCUGGAGCUCACCUCCAAUUGCAAGCCAGAUAUCAAGCAGGCCUUGACUGUUGAACAUUUCUCACACUAUCUGCUUGGUAUACAUGAAUGAACCCCUCUGUGUGCUGGAACCAUGGUUGGACUCUCUUCCACUGUUGUGCAGGCUUUUUGGGACCUUUCGUUUUCUGUCAUUGUCAACGCAGACGUGCCAAUUCUCUGUUGGUCAUUAAAUCCUCAGAUGCAUGUGUUCCUCUAGAAUAGCAAUGGAGGUGUUGGUGAGUGAGCUGAAUGCACUCCUAAAGUUGCUGGACCAGGAGACCCUGAGCUCUUCAACCCAGGAGAAGAAGACCUCCGUGUGGAACCUCUUGCAGAAGAUACAACCAUCAGUUUCAGGAACAGACUACAUCUACAUGAACUCAGCAAUGUACAGGAAUGGCACCAGCUUUGUUGAGUCCCUCUUUGAGAAAUUUGACUGUGAGCUUGGAGACUUAAAGGAUGUUACAGAUGAUUUGAGGCAAGACAAAGACACACAGACUGAGACCUUGAAAAAGAACUGUGGGGACUCCUCAACUGUACAUUCAGCAGACUGUCCUCCCCCUCUACCCACAACGCCUCCCCCAGAGGAGUAUUAUGAGGAGGCAGUGCCACUAAGUCCGGGCAAAAUGCCAGAAUACAUCAUCACAAGAGUUCGGCCGAGCCCUCCUAACUCCAUAGAGGAUGGAUAUGAAGAUGCAGACAGCAACUACCCAACAACACGCAUCAAUUCCCACCGCAAAAACUCCUAUAAUGAUUCAGACGCCCUGAGCAGCUCCUAUGAAUCGUACGAGGACGACGAGGAAGAGAGGAGCCCCGGUGUGCAACUCACACAUCAGUGGCCCUCGGAUGAAAGCUCCAUGCCCCCUACCAGAGACUGCCGCAUCUGUGCUUUCCUGCUACGCAAGAAACGCUUCGGCCAGUGGGCCAAACAGCUCACUGUCAUACGAGAGAAUAGAUUACAGUGUUAUAAGAGCUCCAAGGACACUUGCCCCUAUGUGGACCUGCUGCUGACCCAAUGCACGGUAGUCUACGCGCCGAAAGACAGCAAGAGGAAACACCAUGAACUGCGGUUCACUUUACUCAACGGGGAUGCUCUGGUGCUGGCUGUGCAGAGCAAGGAGCAAGCGCACAAAUGGCUCAGGGUUGUCAGAGAGGUGAAGGGCCAAUGCACAGGGCCGGAGGUAUCUGCAUCACCUGUCGUUGCAAGAAAAACUGAACUUGACAAGAGGUUGUCUGCUGAGAGGAAUGUUUCAGAUUCAGACAGUUUUGGUGUAUCAACGGGGGAGAACUGCAGAGACAACGGUAAGGUGAAGCGUGGGGCUUUUGCUGCAGGCCGAAAAAUCACACGCAUCAUCAGUUUCUCAAAGAAGAAGGUUUCUAGAACAGCCUACACUGACCCUCGGCAAGGUUAUCUGUCAGUACUUGUCAACCAAGAGUGGCAAGAGCACUGGUGCUGUGUGUGCAAAGGCUUCUUGCACUUCUACCAAGACAGAGGCGACCAUCAGACCUCCCUGCCCUCCCUCCCGCUGCAUGGCAGCGAGGUGGUGCCAGGGCUUGGACCCAAGCAUCCAAUUGCCUUCCGUAUCUUGCGGGCCAGCACCACAGUGGCUGCUCUAGAGGCAGCAAACUCAGAGGAGCUUGGGAGAUGGCUUGGGGUUCUCUUGGCAGAAACCGGCUCCACGACAGACCCAGAAUCGCUGCAUUAUGACUACGUAGAUGUGGAGACCAUCGCCAAUAUUCGAAAUGCUGCACGCCAUUCCUUCCUGUGGGCCACAACCUCAGGCGAUAACACAGAGUCUAUAACAUACGAUGAGGUCCCUACUGAGGACAUGCAGUCUAUGGAGAACUGCCGGCAGCAAUGUGGGAACCAAGGGAAGCGGCGCUCCAGUUUCUCCAGCAGCGAUUCUGACAAAACCAAGCCGUUAAACUCCUUCAAACGGACAGGAUCAAAUUCAAACCAGUACGGAAGGUAUGGGAAAAUACGAGCAGAGGAGGACGCCAAGCGUUACCUGAAAGACAAAGAGGAGUUGGAAAAAGAGAGGGGUGGGAUUCGGACUGCGCUCCUAAACCUCCGACAGGAGAAGCAAGAAAUUAGGGAACAGCUGCAAUCAGCUACUGGUAAGAGAGCUGUUCUCCUGAACAAGCGUGCAUCUCAGCUGGAGGAAGCUUGCCGGGCUAAGGAGGCAGAGCGAGUGGAAUUGGAGCUGCGGCUGUCACAAGUCAAAGAAAACCUGAAGAAGAGCCUGGCAGGUGGAGCACUAGGUGCACCAGUAGAUGCAAACCCACCUGUUAAGGGGUCCAGAAAGAAGACGCUUAACAUCUACAGUGAGGCCGUACCUGUAAACUGUGCCUCAGAGAUGCGCAGGAGACCUCCGUCUGUGUACGCUUCAUGUACAGGAACUGUCAUGCAGAAGGCAAAGGAAUGGGAAUCAAAGAAAGGAACCUAAAAGCAGCAGCAUUGCAAGGACGUGUGAAAAAUGGAAACGAUAACAGGAGGCAAACAUUCAUCCUGCUGAGGAUCAUUGCCCAACAAACAUUCAGAAGCACAGACGGCCAACAUAUGAAUGUUGUAAUGAAAUAAAUUAGCCACUAGGUGGAGAUACAGCUUUGUGGAAGUUAUUUUACAAAGACUUGAGGUUUUUGAACUCCAUCCACUUUAUUCAUUAAGUCAUUGUUCCUGCCUUAAUACUGCAGUAAUACAAGUACUUAGCAAAGUCCUAUAGUUAAGGUCUCUGAACGUUGAAGUUUAACAGGGAGAACGCAUGUCAGUGUAAUAUGUUGACUCUCCUGUUGCAUUCAGGGGGGUAUGGUUUUGUGUGGGGAAAAAACAGCUUCAUUAAUGUGAUGAGUUGGAAAAAAUAAGAGAAUGUGAGGUAAAUCAUUACUGUUUUUUUUUUCUUUCUUUUUUUUUAUGUCUACUGUUCAUGUGUAAUGCCGAUCCAGUUACAAAGGAAUGUGUCGUGCUUGGUUCUAAACACAUCAUUCAUCAUUUUGACUCAUUUUAGGACACAGGUGCUUACUGUCAAAUAGUGUUUUUUUGCUGCAACAAAAUAAGUCACCCAAUGUCUUCUUUAGUAUGGUCAUCUCUUUCUUUUUUCCAUGUACUUGUUAGACCUGUGCUUGACUUGUGCACUUUAAGACCUGACCUGGGUAUGUAUAGACCCUUGAACAUUAAAAUAAUGGAUUUAUGCCAUUUAAAGCCAUUAAAUAUGUUUGUAAAACGUUUACACGUAAGACCCUUGUUUAAAAAUAAUUGUAAUUAAAUGUAUUUGUUGCCAUAUCUUAA